AUGUCAAAUCAAGCUGGAUUAGCAGCUUUGAAAUCGGCAGAUGAAAAAGUAUGCAUUGUUAAAUCAGUUAAUAACAAGGUGUCUAAUGUUGUAUGGAUAUCAUUCAAACCAUUCCUGAACAACAGUGUCGAGUGGAAUGAGGGGACUUAUGGUCUCUAUGCUAGUGGUUCUCAAAUCCAAGGUGGUGCCACCAUUUCACGUCUAUCGACCAUUCCAUCGGUAUCAAAGGGACACCAAUACCCAUUCAACGACUCUGGAUUCUUUGACCAAGCCAAUGAGGUGGCGGCCAAGGGGUACUCGAUUGUCAACCAUUACGAAGAGGCACUUACCUUUGGAUUGACGCAAACUGCAACGGUCAACGGUAAACUAGUCGACAGUGAGUUGAACGCGACCACUGUAUUACGUAACCAAUCGGUAGACUAUACACCCAUCGUAACUCUAUCGGUCUAUGUAUCAUCUGUCCAAAACAACGGCUCCAUCAUUUCAAACGUCAGUGGCGAAGCUCUCACACUUACCUAUUCCUCCGACCCCGAGAAAUCUGUCUAUUUCGAUGAUAUCACCAAUUCAUUUGUUGAAGGUAUUCGACCCUAA